CCUUGUUCCAGGCCUUGAAAAAGGAUCUAAUUGUCAAGGACCAUGGAAUUCGCCUUCUUGAGGCACAGAUUGCAACUGGUGGAAUCAUCGAUCCAGUGUACAGUCAUAGAGUGCCAGUAGAGGUGGCGUACCAGAGAGGAUACUUUGAUGAGGAAAUGAACCAGAUCCUCGAUGACCCUGACGAUGACACCAAGGGCUUUUUUGACCCCAACACACAAGAGAACCUCACCUACCUGCAGCUUGUGGAGAGGUGUGUGACAGACCCAGAUACUGGCCUUAGCUUACUUGUAAUUGUCAAAAAGGAGAGUUUUACUUCUUCAUUGAUGAGCAAACCAAGAACAUUCUAAAGGCUAUGACAACAACUAAGGCCGGGGGCAAAUUUCAAGGACAGAAAGUGUCUCUAUGGGAUCUCCUCUACUCAAAAUACAUCACAGAGGAGAGAAGGAGAGAGCUUGUGCAGCAGUAUAAAUCCGGAGCAAUCACUAUUGAACGCUUCAUGGAGAUUAUCCUAGCAAGUAUUCAACAAAAGACUACCACCACAAUAACCACAACAUCUUCAGUGUCAACAUGUACACCACCCCCUGACACAAAGUCAGAGAAAACAACCAUUACCACAACAACAACAGAGACAAGCUUCCAUGGUAUCAGGAAGAAUGUCACUGCUGGCGAGCUGCUUGCCUCAAAAAUUAUUGACAAGAAACUCUAUGAAGACCUCAACACAGGAAAAGUCACAGUGAACCAAGUGAGUGAAAUGGACUCAGUACACAAGUACUUGGAGGGAACUAAUAGCAUUGCAGGUGUAUAUGUUCAGUCCACCAAACAGACCAUGAGCAUCUACGAGGCCAAAUCCAAAGGUCUUCUAACUCCUGGAACCUCUCUGGUUCUGCUGGAGGCUCAAGCUGCCACUGGAUUUGUCAUUGACCCAGUGAAGAACAAGAAGCUCUCUGUAGAAGAGGCAGCCGCUCAAGGUGUGGUUGGGAACGAGUGGAAGAACAAACUGCUUUCAGCAGAGAGGGCAGUCACUGGAUACAAGGAUCCCUACACAGGGAACACAAUUUCCUUGUUCCAGGCCUUGAAAAAGGAUCUAAUUGUCAAGGACCAUGGAAUUCGCCUUCUUGAGGCACAGAUUGCAACUGGUGGAAUCAUCGAUCCAGUGUACAGUCAUAGAGUGCCAGUAGAGGUGGCGUACCAGAGAGGAUACUUUGAUGAGGAAAUGAACCAGAUCCUCGAUGACCCUGACGAUGACACCAAGGGCUUUUUUGACCCCAACACACAAGAGAACCUCACCUACCUGCAGCUUGUGGAGAGGUGUGUGACAGACCCAGAUACUGGCCUUAGCUUACUUGUAAUUGUCAAAAAAGGAGAGUUUUACUUCUUCAUUGAUGAGCAAACCAAGAACAUUCUAAAGGCUAUGACAACAACUAAGGCCGGGGGCAAAUUUCAAGGACAGAAAGUGUCUCUAUGGGAUCUCCUCUACUCAAAAUACAUCACAGAGGAGAGAAGGAGAGAGCUUGUGCAGCAGUAUAAAUCCGGAGCAAUCACUAUUGAACGCUUCAUGGAGAUUAUCCUAGCAAGUAUUCAACAAAAGACUACCACCACAAUAACCUCAACAUCUUCAGUGUCAACAUGCACACCACCACCUGACACAAAGUCAGAGAAAACAACCAUUACCACAACAACAACAGAGACAAGCUUCCAUGGUAUCAGAAAGAAUGUCACUGCUGGCGAGCUGCUUGCCUCAAAAAUUAUUGACAAGAAACUCUAUGAAGACCUCAACACAGGAAAAGUCACUGUGAACCAAGUGAGUGAAAUGGACUCAGUACACAAGUACUUGGAGGGAACUAAUAGCAUUGCAGGUGUAUAUGUUCAGUCCACCAAACAGACCAUGAGCAUCUACGAGGCCAAAUCCAAAGGUCUUCUAACUCCUGGAACCUCUCUGGUUCUGCUGGAGGCUCAAGCUGCCACUGGAUUUGUCAUUGACCCAGUGAAGAACAAGAAGCUCUCUGUAGAAGAGGCAGCCGCUCAAGGUGUGGUUGGGAACGAGUGGAAGAACAAACUGCUUUCAGCAGAGAGGGCAGUCACUGGAUACAAGGAUCCCUACACAGGGAACACAAUUUCCUUGUUCCAGGCCUUGAAAAAGGAUCUAAUUGUCAAGGACCAUGGAAUUCGCCUUCUUGAGGCACAGAUUGCAACUGGUGGAAUCAUCGAUCCAGUGUACAGUCAUAGAGUGCCAGUAGAGGUGGCGUACCAGAGAGGAUACUUUGAUGAGGAAAUGAACCAGAUCCUCGUUGACCCUGACGAUGACACCAAGGGCUUUUUUGACCCCAACACACAAGAGAACCUCACCUACCUGCAGCUUGUGGAGAGGUGUGUGACAGACCCAGAUACUGGCCUUAGCUUACUUGUAAUUGUCAAAAAAGGAGAGUUUUACUUCUUCAUUGAUGAGCAAACCAAGAACAUUCUAAAGGCUAUGACAACAACUAAGGCCGGGGGCAAAUUUCAAGGACAGAAAGUGUCUCUAUGGGAUCUCCUCUACUCAAAAUACAUCACAGAGGAGAGAAGGAGAGAGCUUGUGCAGCAGUAUAAAUCCGGAGCAAUCACUAUUGAACGCUUCAUGGAGAUUAUCCUAGCAAGUAUUCAACAAAAGACUACCACCACAAUAACCACAACAUCUUCAGUGUCAACAUGUACACCACCCCCUGACACAAAGUCAGAGAAAACAACCAUUACCACAACAACAACAGAGACAAGCUUCCAUGGUAUCAGGAAGAAUGUCACUGCUGGUGAGCUGCUUGCCUCAAAAAUUAUUGACAAGAAACUCUAUGAAGACCUCAACACAGGAAAAGUCACAGUGAACCAAGUGAGUGAAAUGGACUCAGUACACAAGUACUUGGAGGGAACUAAUAGCAUUGCAGGUGUAUAUGUUCAGUCCACCAAACAGACCAUGAGCAUCUACGAGGCCAAAUCCAAAGGUCUUCUAACUCCUGGAACCUCUCUGGUUCUGCUGGAGGCUCAAGCUGCCACUGGAUUUGUCAUUGACCCAGUGAAGAACAAGAAGCUCUCUGUAGAAGAGGCAGCCGCUCAAGGUGUGGUUGGGAACGAGUGGAAGAACAAACUGCUUUCAGCAGAGAGGGCAGUCACUGGAUACAAGGAUCCCUACACAGGGAACACAAUUUCCUUGUUCCAGGCCUUGAAAAAGGAUCUAAUUGUCAAGGACCAUGGAAUUCGCCUUCUUGAGGCACAGAUUGCAACUGGUGGAAUCAUCGAUCCAGUGUACAGUCAUAGAGUGCCAGUAGAGGUGGCGUACCAGAGAGGAUACUUUGAUGAGGAAAUGAACCAGAUCCUCGAUGACCCUGACGAUGACACCAAGGGCUUUUUUGACCCCAACACACAAGAGAACCUCACCUACCUGCAGCUUGUGGAGAGGUGUGUGACAGACCCAGAUACUGGCCUUAGCUUACUUGUAAUUGUCAAAAAAGGAGAGUUUUACUUCUUCAUUGAUGAGCAAACCAAGAACAUUCUAAAGGCUAUGACAACAACUAAGGCCGGGGGCAAAUUUCAAGGACAGAAAGUGUCUCUAUGGGAUCUCCUCUACUCAAAAUACAUCACAGAGGAGAGAAGGAGAGAGCUUGUGCAGCAGUAUAAAUCCGGAGCAAUCACUAUUGAACGCUUCAUGGAGAUUAUCCUAGCAAGUAUUCAACAAAAGACUACCACCACAAUAACCUCAACAUCUUCAGUGUCAACAUGCACACCACCACCUGACACAAAGUCAGAGAAAACAACCAUUACCACAACAACAACAGAGACAAGCUUCCAUGGUAUCAGGAAGAAUGUCACUGCUGGCGAGCUGCUUGCCUCAAAAAUUAUUGACAAGAAACUCUAUGAAGACCUCAACACAGGAAAAGUCACUGUGAACCAAGUGAGUGAAAUGGACUCAGUACACAAGUACUUGGAGGGAACUAAUAGCAUUGCAGGUGUAUAUGUUCAGUCCACCAAACAGACCAUGAGCAUCUACGAGGCCAAAUCCAAAGGUCUUCUAACUCCUGGAACCUCUCUGGUUCUGCUGGAGGCUCAAGCUGCCACUGGAUUUGUCAUUGACCCAGUGAAGAACAAGAAGCUCUCUGUAGAAGAGGCAGCCGCUCAAGGUGUGGUUGGGAACGAGUGGAAGAACAAACUGCUUUCAGCAGAGAGGGCAGUCACUGGAUACAAGGAUCCCUACACAGGGAACACAAUUUCCUUGUUCCAGGCCUUGAAAAAGGAUCUAAUUGUCAAGGACCAUGGAAUUCGCCUUCUUGAGGCACAGAUUGCAACUGGUGGAAUCAUCGAUCCAGUGUACAGUCAUAGAGUGCCAGUAGAGGUGGCGUACCAGAGAGGAUACUUUGAUGAGGAAAUGAACCAGAUCCUCGAUGACCCUGACGAUGACACCAAGGGCUUUUUUGACCCCAACACACAAGAGAACCUCACCUACCUGCAGCUUGUGGAGAGGUGUGUGACAGACCCAGAUACUGGCCUUAGCUUACUUGUAAUUGUCAAAAAAGGAGAGUUUUACUUCUUCAUUGAUGAGCAAACCAAGAACAUUCUAAAGGCUAUGACAACAACUAAGGCCGGGGGCAAAUUUCAAGGACAGAAAGUGUCUCUAUGGGAUCUCCUCUACUCAAAAUACAUCACAGAGGAGAGAAGGAGAGAGCUUGUGCAGCAGUAUAAAUCCGGAGCAAUCACUAUUGAACGCUUCAUGGAGAUUAUCCUAGCAAGUAUUCAACAAAAGACUACCACCACAAUAACCACAACAUCUUCAGUGUCAACAUGUACACCACCCCCUGACACAAAGUCAGAGAAAACAACCAUUACCACAACAACAACAGAGACAAGCUUCCAUGGUAUCAGGAAGAAUGUCACUGCUGGCGAGCUGCUUGCCUCAAAAAUUAUUGACAAGAAACUCUAUGAAGACCUCAACACAGGAAAAGUCACAGUGAACCAAGUGAGUGAAAUGGACUCAGUACACAAGUACUUGGAGGGAACUAAUAGCAUUGCAGGUGUAUAUGUUCAGUCCACCAAACAGACCAUGAGCAUCUACGAGGCCAAAUCCAAAGGUCUUCUAACUCCUGGAACCUCUCUGGUUCUGCUGGAGGCUCAAGCUGCCACUGGAUUUGUCAUUGACCCAGUGAAGAACAAGAAGCUCUCUGUAGAAGAGGCAGCCGCUCAAGGUGUGGUUGGGAACGAGUGGAAGAACAAACUGCUUUCAGCAGAGAGGGCAGUCACUGGAUACAAGGAUCCCUACACAGGGAACACAAUUUCCUUGUUCCAGGCCUUGAAAAAGGAUCUAAUUGUCAAGGACCAUGGAAUUCGCCUUCUUGAGGCACAGAUUGCAACUGGUGGAAUCAUCGAUCCAGUGUACAGUCAUAGAGUGCCAGUAGAGGUGGCGUACCAGAGAGGAUACUUUGAUGAGGAAAUGAACCAGAUCCUCGAUGACCCUGACGAUGACACCAAGGGCUUUUUUGACCCCAACACACAAGAGAACCUCACCUACCUGCAGCUUGUGGAGAGGUGUGUGACAGACCCAGAUACUGGCCUUAGCUUACUUGUAAUUGUCAAAAAAGGAGAGUUUUACUUCUUCAUUGAUGAGCAAACCAAGAACAUUCUAAAGGCUAUGACAACAACUAAGGCCGGGGGCAAAUUUCAAGGACAGAAAGUGUCUCUAUGGGAUCUCCUCUACUCAAAAUACAUCACAGAGGAGAGAAGGAGAGAGCUUGUGCAGCAGUAUAAAUCCGGAGCAAUCAGUAUUGAACGCUUCAUGGAGAUUAUCCUAGCAAGUAUUCAACAAAAGACUACCACCACAAUAACCACAACAUCUUCAGUGUCAACAUGUACACCACCACCUGACACAAAGUCAGAGAAAACAACCAUUACCACAACAACAACAGAGACAAGCUUCCAUGGUAUCAGGAAGAAUGUCACUGCUGGCGAGCUGCUUGCCUCAAAAAUUAUUGACAAGAAACUCUAUGAAGACCUCAACACAGGAAAAGUCACAGUGAACCAAGUGAGUGAAAUGGACUCAGUACACAAGUACUUGGAGGGAACUAAUAGCAUUGCAGGUGUAUAUGUUCAGUCCACCAAACAGACCAUGAGCAUCUACGAGGCCAAAUCCAAAGGUCUUCUAACUCCUGGAACCUCUCUGGUUCUGCUGGAGGCUCAAGCUGCCACUGGAUUUGUCAUUGACCCAGUGAAGAACAAGAAGCUCUCUGUAGAAGAGGCAGCCGCUCAAGGUGUGGUUGGGAACGAGUGGAAGAACAAACUGCUUUCAGCAGAGAGGGCAGUCACUGGAUACAAGGAUCCCUACACAGGGAACACAAUUUCCUUGUUCCAGGCCUUGAAAAAGGAUCUAAUUGUCAAGGACCAUGGAAUUCGCCUUCUUGAGGCACAGAUUGCAACUGGUGGAAUCAUCGAUCCAGUGUACAGUCAUAGAGUGCCAGUAGAGGUGGCGUACCAGAGAGGAUACUUUGAUGAGGAAAUGAACCAGAUCCUCGAUGACCCUGACGAUGACACCAAGGGCUUUUUUGACCCCAACACACAAGAGAACCUCACCUACCUGCAGCUUGUGGAGAGGUGUGUGACAGACCCAGAUACUGGCCUUAGCUUACUUGUAAUUGUCAAAAAAGGAGAGUUUUACUUCUUCAUUGAUGAGCAAACCAAGAACAUUCUAAAGGCUAUGACAACAACUAAGGCCGGGGGCAAAUUUCAAGGACAGAAAGUGUCUCUAUGGGAUCUCCUCUACUCAAAAUACAUCACAGAGGAGAGAAGGAGAGAGCUUGUGCAGCAGUAUAAAUCCGGAGCAAUCAGUAUUGAACGCUUCAUGGAGAUUAUCCUAGCAAGUAUUCAACAAAAGACUACCACCACAAUAACCACAACAUCUUCAGUGUCAACAUGUACACCACCCCCUGACACAAAGUCAGAGAAAACAACCAUUACCACAACAACAACAGAGACAAGCUUCCAUGGUAUCAGGAAGAAUGUCACUGCUGGCGAGCUGCUUGCCUCAAAAAUUAUUGACAAGAAACUCUAUGAAGACCUCAACACAGGAAAAGUCACAGUGAACCAAGUGAGUGAAAUGGACUCAGUACACAAGUACUUGGAGGGAACUAAUAGCAUUGCAGGUGUAUAUGUUCAGUCCACCAAACAGACCAUGAGCAUCUACGAGGCCAAAUCCAAAGGUCUUCUAACUCCUGGAACCUCUCUGGUUCUGCUGGAGGCUCAAGCUGCCACUGGAUUUGUCAUUGACCCAGUGAAGAACAAGAAGCUCUCUGUAGAAGAGGCAGCCGCUCAAGGUGUGGUUGGGAACGAGUGGAAGAACAAACUGCUUUCAGCAGAGAGGGCAGUCACUGGAUACAAGGAUCCCUACACAGGGAACACAAUUUCCUUGUUCCAGGCCUUGAAAAAGGAUCUAAUUGUCAAGGACCAUGGAAUUCGCCUUCUUGAGGCACAGAUUGCAACUGGUGGAAUCAUCGAUCCAGUGUACAGUCAUAGAGUGCCAGUAGAGGUGGCGUACCAGAGAGGAUACUUUGAUGAGGAAAUGAACCAGAUCCUCGAUGACCCUGACGAUGACACCAAGGGCUUUUUUGACCCCAACACACAAGAGAACCUCACCUACCUGCAGCUUGUGGAGAGGUGUGUGACAGACCCAGAUACUGGCCUUAGCUUACUUGUAAUUGUCAAAAAAGGAGAGUUUUACUUCUUCAUUGAUGAGCAAACCAAGAACAUUCUAAAGGCUAUGACAACAACUAAGGCCGGGGGCAAAUUUCAAGGACAGAAAGUGUCUCUAUGGGAUCUCCUCUACUCAAAAUACAUCACAGAGGAGAGAAGGAGAGAGCUUGUGCAGCAGUAUAAAUCCGGAGCAAUCACUAUUGAACGCUUCAUGGAGAUUAUCCUAGCAAGUAUUCAACAAAAGACUACCACCACAAUAACCACAAAAUCUUCAGUGUCAACAUGCACACCACCCCCUGACACAAAGUCAGAGAAAACAACCAUUACCACAACAACAACAGAGACAUGCUUCCAUGGUAUCAGGAAGAAUGUCACUGCUGGCGAGCUCCUUGCCUCAAAAAUUAUUGACAAGAAACUCUAUGAAGACCUCAACACAGGAAAAGUCACAGUGAACCAAGUGAGUGAAAUGGACUCAGUACACAAGUACUUGGAGGGAACUAAUAGCAUUGCAGGUGUAUAUGUUCAGUCCACCAAACAGACCAUGAGCAUCUACGAGGCCAAAUCCAAAGGUCUUCUAACUCCUGGAACCUCUCUGGUUCUGCUGGAGGCUCAAGCUGCCACUGGAUUUGUCAUUGACCCAGUGAAGAACAAGAAGCUCUCUGUAGAAGAGGCAGCCGCUCAAGGUGUGGUUGGGAACGAGUGGAAGAACAAACUGCUUUCAGCAGAGAGGGCAGUCACUGGAUACAAGGAUCCCUACACAGGGAACACAAUUUCCUUGUUCCAGGCCUUGAAAAAGGAUCUAAUUGUCAAGGACCAUGGAAUUCGCCUUCUUGAGGCACAGAUUGCAACUGGUGGAAUCAUCGAUCCAGUGUACAGUCAUAGAGUGCCAGUAGAGGUGGCGUACCAGAGAGGAUACUUUGAUGAGGAAAUGAACCAGAUCCUCGAUGACCCUGACGAUGACACCAAGGGCUUUUUUGACCCCAACACACAAGAGAACCUCACCUACCUGCAGCUUGUGGAGAGGUGUGUGACAGACCCAGAUACUGGCCUUAGCUUACUUGUAAUUGUCAAAAAAGGAGAGUUUUACUUCUUCAUUGAUGAGCAAACCAAGAACAUUCUAAAGGCUAUGACAACAACUAAGGCCGGGGGCAAAUUUCAAGGACAGAAAGUGUCUCUAUGGGAUCUCCUCUACUCAAAAUACAUCACAGAGGAGAGAAGGAGAGAGCUUGUGCAGCAGUAUAAAUCCGGAGCAAUCACUAUUGAACGCUUCAUGGAGAUUAUCCUAGCAAGUAUUCAACAAAAGACUACCACCACAAUAACCACAACAUCUUCAGUGUCAACAUGUACACCACCCCCUGACACAAAGUCAGAGAAAACAACCAUUACCACAACAACAACAGAGACAAGCUUCCAUGGUAUCAGGAAGAAUGUCACUGCUGGCGAGCUGCUUGCCUCAAAAAUUAUUGACAAGAAACUCUAUGAAGACCUCAACACAGGAAAAGUCACAGUGAACCAAGUGAGUGAAAUGGACUCAGUACACAAGUACUUGGAGGGAACUAAUAGCAUUGCAGGUGUAUAUGUUCAGUCCACCAAACAGACCAUGAGCAUCUACGAGGCCAAAUCCAAAGGUCUUCUAACUCCUGGAACCUCUCUGGUUCUGCUGGAGGCUCAAGCUGCCACUGGAUUUGUCAUUGACCCAGUGAAGAACAAGAAGCUCUCUGUAGAAGAGGCAGCCGCUCAAGGUGUGGUUGGGAACGAGUGGAAGAACAAACUGCUUUCAGCAGAGAGGGCAGUCACUGGAUACAAGGAUCCCUACACAGGGAACACAAUUUCCUUGUUCCAGGCCUUGAAAAAGGAUCUAAUUGUCAAGGACCAUGGAAUUCGCCUUCUUGAGGCACAGAUUGCAACUGGUGGAAUCAUCGAUCCAGUGUACAGUCAUAGAGUGCCAGUAGAGGUGGCGUACCAGAGAGGAUACUUUGAUGAGGAAAUGAACCAGAUCCUCGAUGACCCUGACGAUGACACCAAGGGCUUUUUUGACCCCAACACACAAGAGAACCUCACCUACCUGCAGCUUGUGGAGAGGUGUGUGACAGACCCAGAUACUGGCCUUAGCUUACUUGUAAUUGUCAAAAAAGGAGAGUUUUACUUCUUCAUUGAUGAGCAAACCAAGAACAUUCUAAAGGCUAUGACAACAACUAAGGCCGGGGGCAAAUUUCAAGGACAGAAAGUGUCUCUAUGGGAUCUCCUCUACUCAAAAUACAUCACAGAGGAGAGAAGGAGAGAGCUUGUGCAGCAGUAUAAAUCCGGAGCAAUCACUAUUGAACGCUUCAUGGAGAUUAUCCUAGCAAGUAUUCAACAAAAGACUACCACCACAAUAACCUCAACAUCUUCAGUGUCAACAUGCACACCACCACCUGACACAAAGUCAGAGAAAACAACCAUUACCACAACAACAACAGAGACAAGCUUCCAUGGUAUCAGGAAGAAUGUCACUGCUGGCGAGCUGCUUGCCUCAAAAAUUAUUGACAAGAAACUCUAUGAAGACCUCAACACAGGAAAAGUCACAGUGAACCAAGUGAGUGAAAUGGACUCAGUACACAAGUACUUGGAGGGAACUAAUAGCAUUGCAGGUGUAUAUGUUCAGUCCACCAAACAGACCAUGAGCAUCUACGAGGCCAAAUCCAAAGGUCUUCUAACUCCUGGAACCUCUCUGGUUCUGCUGGAGGCUCAAGCUGCUACUGGAUUUGUCAUUGACCCAGUGAAGAACAAGAAGCUCUCUGUAGAAGAGGCAGCCGCUCAAGGUGUGGUUGGGAACGAGUGGAAGAACAAACUGCUUUCAGCAGAGAGGGCAGUCACUGGAUACAAGGAUCCCUACACAGGGAACACAAUUUCCUUGUUCCAGGCCUUGAAAAAGGAUCUAAUUGUCAAGGACCAUGGAAUUCGCCUUCUUGAGGCACAGAUUGCAACUGGUGGAAUCAUCGAUCCAGUGUACAGUCAUAGAGUGCCAGUAGAGGUGGCGUACCAGAGAGGAUACUUUGAUGAGGAAAUGAACCAGAUCCUCGAUGACCCUGACGAUGACACCAAGGGCUUUUUUGACCCCAACACACAAGAGAACCUCACCUACCUGCAGCUUGUGGAGAGGUGUGUGACAGACCCAGAUACUGGCCUUAGCUUACUUGUAAUUGUCAAAAAAGGAGAGUUUUACUUCUUCAUUGAUGAGCAAACCAAGAACAUUCUAAAGGCUAUGACAACAACUAAGGCCGGGGGCAAAUUUCAAGGACAGAAAGUGUCUCUAUGGGAUCUCCUCUACUCAAAAUACAUCACAGAGGAGAGAAGGAGAGAGCUUGUGCAGCAGUAUAAAUCCGGAGCAAUCACUAUUGAACGCUUCAUGGAGAUUAUCCUAGCAAGUAUUCAACAAAAGACUACCACCACAAUAACCUCAACAUCUUCAGUGUCAACAUACACACCACCACCUGACACAAAGUCAGAGAAAACAACCAUUACCACAACAACAACAGAGACAAGCUUCCAUGGUAUCAGGAAGAAUGUCACUGCUGGCGAGCUGCUUGCCUCAAAAAUUAUUGACAAGAAACUCUAUGAAGACCUCAACACAGGAAAAGUCACAGUGAACCAAGUGAGUGAAAUGGACUCAGUACACAAGUACUUGGAGGGAACUAAUAGCAUUGCAGGUGUAUAUGUUCAGUCCACCAAACAGACCAUGAGCAUCUACGAGGCCAAAUCCAAAGGUCUUCUAACUCCUGGAACCUCUCUGGUUCUGCUGGAGGCUCAAGCUGCCACUGGAUUUGUCAUUGACCCAGUGAAGAACAAGAAGCUCUCUGUAGAAGAGGCAGCCGCUCAAGGUGUGGUUGGGAACGAGUGGAAGAACAAACUGCUUUCAGCAGAGAGGGCAGUCACUGGAUACAAGGAUCCCUACACAGGGAACACAAUUUCCUUGUUCCAGGCCUUGAAAAAGGAUCUAAUUGUCAAGGACCAUGGAAUUCGCCUUCUUGAGGCACAGAUUGCAACUGGUGGAAUCAUCGAUCCAGUGUACAGUCAUAGAGUGCCAGUAGAGGUGGCGUACCAGAGAGGAUACUUUGAUGAGGAAAUGAACCAGAUCCUCGAUGACCCUGACGAUGACACCAAGGGCUUUUUUGACCCCAACACACAAGAGAACCUCACCUACCUGCAGCUUGUGGAGAGGUGUGUGACAGACCCAGAUACUGGCCUUAGCUUACUUGUAAUUGUCAAAAAAGGAGAGUUUUACUUCUUCAUUGAUGAGCAAACCAAGAACAUUCUAAAGGCUAUGACAACAACUAAGGCCGGGGGCAAAUUUCAAGGACAGAAAGUGUCUCUAUGGGAUCUCCUCUACUCAAAAUACAUCACAGAGGAGAGAAGGAGAGAGCUUGUGCAGCAGUAUAAAUCCGGAGCAAUCACUAUUGAACGCUUCAUGGAGAUUAUCCUAGCAAGUAUUCAACAAAAGACUACCACCACAAUAACCUCAACAUCUUCAGUGUCAACAUGCACACCACCACCUGACACAAAGUCAGAGAAAACAACCAUUACCACAACAACAACAGAGACAAGCUUCCAUGGUAUCAGGAAGAAUGUCACUGCUGGCGAGCUGCUUGCCUCAAAAAUUAUUGACAAGAAACUCUAUGAAGACCUCAACACAGGAAAAGUCACAGUGAACCAAGUGAGUGAAAUGGACUCAGUACACAAGUACUUGGAGGGAACUAAUAGCAUUGCAGGUGUAUAUGUUCAGUCCACCAAACAGACCAUGAGCAUCUACGAGGCCAAAUCCAAAGGUCUUCUAACUCCUGGAACCUCUCUGGUUCUGCUGGAGGCUCAAGCUGCUACUGGAUUUGUCAUUGACCCAGUGAAGAACAAGAAGCUCUCUGUAGAAGAGGCAGCCGCUCAAGGUGUGGUUGGGAACGAGUGGAAGAACAAACUGCUUUCAGCAGAGAGGGCAGUCACUGGAUACAAGGAUCCCUACACAGGGAACACAAUUUCCUUGUUCCAGGCCUUGAAAAAGGAUCUAAUUGUCAAGGACCAUGGAAUUCGCCUUCUUGAGGCACAGAUUGCAACUGGUGGAAUCAUCGAUCCAGUGUACAGUCAUAGAGUGCCAGUAGAGGUGGCGUACCAGAGAGGAUACUUUGAUGAGGAAAUGAACCAGAUCCUCGAUGACCCUGACGAUGACACCAAGGGCUUUUUUGACCCCAACACACAAGAGAACCUCACCUACCUGCAGCUUGUGGAGAGGUGUGUGACAGACCCAGAUACUGGCCUUAGCUUACUUGUAAUUGUCAAAAAAGGAGAGUUUUACUUCUUCAUUGAUGAGCAAACCAAGAACAUUCUAAAGGCUAUGACAACAACUAAGGCCGGAGGCAAAUUUCAAGGACAGAAAGUGUCUCUAUGGGAUCUCCUCUACUCAAAAUACAUCACAGAGGAGAGAAGGAGAGAGCUUGUGCAGCAGUAUAAAUCUGGAGCAAUCACCAUUGAACGCUUCAUGGAGAUUAUCCUAGCAAGUAUUCAACAAAAGACUACCACCACAAUAACCUCAACAUCUUCAGUGUCAACAUGCACACCACCACCUGACACAAAGUCAGAGAAAACAACCAUUACCACAACAACAACAGAGACAAGCUUCCAUGGUAUCAGGAAGAAUGUCACUGCUGUCGAGCUGCUUGCCUCAAAAAUUAUUGACAAGAAACUCUAUGAAGACCUCAACACAGGAAAAGUCACUGUGAACCAAGUGAGUGAAAUGGACUCAGUACACAAGUACUUGGAGGGAACUAAUAGCAUUGCAGGUGUAUAUGUUCAGUCCACCAAACAGACCAUGAGCAUCUACGAGGCCAAAUCCAAAGGUCUUCUAACUCCUGGAACCUCUCUGGUUCUGCUGGAGGCUCAAGCUGCCACUGGAUUUGUCAUUGACCCAGUGAAGAACAAGAAGCUCUCUGUAGAAGAGGCAGCCGCUCAAGGUGUGGUUGGGAACGAGUGGAAGAACAAACUGCUUUCAGCAGAGAGGGCAGUCACUGGAUACAAGGAUCCCUACACAGGGAACACAAUUUCCUUGUUCCAGGCCUUGAAAAAGGAUCUAAUUGUCAAGGACCAUGGAAUUCGCCUUCUUGAGGCACAGAUUGCAACUGGUGGAAUCAUCGAUCCAGUGUACAGUCAUAGAGUGCCAGUAGAGAUGGCGUACCAGAGAGGAUACUUUGAUGAGGAAAUGAACCAGAUCCUCGAUGACCCUGACGAUGACACCAAGGGCUUUUUUGACCCCAACACACAAGAGAACCUCACCUACCUGCAGCUUGUGGAGAGGUGUGUGACAGACCCAGAUACUGGCCUUAGCUUACUUGUAAUUGUCAAAAAAGGAGAGUUUUACUUCUUCAUUGAUGAGCAAACCAAGAACAUUCUAAAGGCUAUGACAACAACUAAGGCCGGGGGCAAAUUUCAAGGACAGAAAGUGUCUCUAUGGGAUCUCCUCUACUCAAAAUACAUCACAGAGGAGAGAAGGAGAGAGCUUGUGCAGCAGUAUAAAUCCGGAGCAAUCACUAUUGAAAGCAUCAUGGAGAUUAUCCUAGCAAGUAUUCAACAAAAGACUACCACCACAAUAACCACAACAUCUUCAGUGUCAACAUGCACACCACCACCUGACACAAAGUCAGAGAAAACAACCAUUACCACAACAACCACAGAGACAAGCUUCCAUGGUAUCAGGAAGAAUGUCACCGCUGGCGAGCUGCUUGCCUCAAAAAUUAUUGACAAGAAACUCUAUGAAGACCUCAACACAGGAAAAGUCACUGUGAACCAAGUGAGUGAAAUGGACUCAGUACACAAGUACUUGGAGGGAACUAAUAGCAUUGCAGGUGUAUAUGUUCAGUCCACCAAACAGACCAUGAGCAUCUACGAGGCCAAAUCCAAAGGUCUUCUAACUCCUGGAACCUCUCUGGUUCUGCUGGAGGCUCAAGCUGCCACUGGAUUUGUCAUUGACCCAGUGAAGAACAAGAAGCUCUCUGUAGAAGAGGCAGCCGCUCAAGGUGUUAUUGGGAAUGAGUGGAAGAACAAACUGCUUUCAGCAGAGAGGGCAGUCACUGGAUACAAGGAUCCCUACACAGGAAACACAAUUUCCUUGUUCCAGGCCUUGAAAAAGGAUCUAAUUGUCAAGGACCAUGGAAUUCGCCUUCUUGAGGCACAGAUUGCAACUGGUGGAAUCAUCGAUCCAGUGUACAGUCAUAGAGUGCCAGUAGAGGUGGCGUACCAGAGAGGAUACCUUGAUGAGGAAAUGAACCAUAUCCUCAAUGACCCUGACGAUGACACCAAGGGCUUUUUUGACCCCAACACACAAGAGAACCUCACCUACUUGCAGCUUCUGGAGAGGUGUGUGAGGGACCCAGACAGUGGUCUUAGCUUUCUGUCUCUGAAUAAAUGAGCUUAUACGGAUUUGUCGUAAAAUUGUUAUCAAAGAUGUGCAGAUAUUUUAUCCUUACUUUAUCACAUAUAAAUGCUUUCUUUGUUGAUGUUUGGCGAAUUAUUCUGAAUUGAAUAUAAUAAAAAGUAAUUUUUUAAGUGAA